CUGGCUUCGACACGCCGUCACAGCCGUGGAUAUGAAGGAAGAAGACGAAACCUCUGCAAGGCAGCGCACUGGCCAAAGUUUGCGCCCUGCAGUGCCAAGAAAUUUCAGUUGUCGGACCGCUGCCACGAAGCGGAAAGUGAUCUCGUUUUAAGCAAUACUUUAUCGCCACAGACCCUGACCUAAACGUGCGCUGUUGAUAAAUAAAGAGAGAGCUUAUUAGGCGUGCAUGGACGGUCCCGAUUGGACAUUUCAUUUGUUUCAUCAUUUACUGUUUUAUUGUAAUUUUGCCGACAUGCAUGGAGGUAGAUGCUGCGCACAAGAACACUGAGGGACGCCGACCUGCGUUUUGAACAGAGAACCGUGAAUCACCGGGGCUCCAGAACCAGGGUGAAACGAGGACGAGCCAGGAAUUGCGCGGUCUCUGGUUUCCAGCUCUAUUAACGCAUGCAAUUAAAGCGCGCAUUCGACCCAGAAUAAGUUGUCAACAAGGAAACAGAGACGGGUCGAUCUGGAUAACAAGUACGUUUAGGCUACGCGCAGCUGUGCGGACCGGUGUUACUCGCAUGGGCUGAUAUGGCCACCGACUUCGCCAUGAGCGCCGACGUGCCUAACAGUCCCCUGGCCACCGACUACGUCAAUGACUUCGACCUCAUGAAGUUCGAGGUUAAAAAGGAGCCGACGGAAGCGGAGAGGUACUGCCACCAUCCGCCGAACGCCUCGCUAUCCUCCACCCCGCGCUCCUCUGUGCCGUCCUCGCCAUGCAGCCUGUGUUCUACAAGUCCCGGAGGUCCUUUAAACAAGAACCACCGUAACGGCACCGGCAGCGCUGACAAAAGCAGCCACAACUCUCCGAGAAAGGCGCAGCUGGAGGACUUCUGCUGGUUUCCCAGCUACCAGCGCCAUCUCAACCCAGAGACUCUCCAGCUGACGCCGGAAGACGCUGUGGAAGCACUCAUCGCCAACUCGCACCACCCAUCGUAUGAGGGUUUCCGCGGACACCAGUGCGCUGGGGAAGACUUAUCAGUGACCGCCAACUGGCACCAACAACCGGCCCAUCGCCAUCACACCCGGCUGGAGGGCCGUCUUUCGGACGAACAGCUGGUCAGAAUGUCCGUGCGCGAGCUCAACCGGCAGUUGCGCGGCUUCCCCAAGGAGGAGGUCAUGCGCCUCAAGCAGAAGCGCAGGACCCUGAAGAACCGGGGCUACGCGCAGUCGUGCCGGUUCAAGCGCGUGCAGCAGCGGCACGUGCUGGAGAGCGAGAGGUGCACGCUUCAGGGCCAGGUGGAUCAGCUGAAGCACGAGGCCACUCGCCUGUCCAAGGAGAGGGACCUCUACAAAGAGAAGUACGAGAAGCUCGCGAGCCGUAACCACAGCGGCGGCAGCUGCAAAAGCGACCCCAGAUCCAGAAGCAGAGAGGGGAAAGCGGCCGGUUCUGUGGAAUUUUUUCUGUGACAGUUUUUUUUUUUUUUGAAAGGGAAGGGGGAAAAAAUCGAUAGGGCAUUUCUCAAACAGUUGUGCUAUUUAUUUGACUUAUAUGGCCUACAUUUAGUUCUCUUAUGUGGCCUUCACUUUUGUGCAGUCUUAUUCUUUAUUUUAUGUUUAGAUCAUAUGCAGGCUAGUUUACUUAAAUAACAUGAAUAUUUUAUCCACAGAGAGUUAGAGAGAGAGAAAGGACAACAAUGCAUGUGUUAAAUUAAGUCUUGUAAUGGUGCGACGUUGUGUUCCUCCAUGUGGUUUACGCAUAUUUUCGAACGAAUUCAAGGAACUGCUAUUUUUGAAUACACUGUUUUCACUUUUACGCUUUGAGUGAAUAGACCCAAUACAAUACGGAAGCCUAACCCUGCAGGGAAA